AUGAGCGAGAGAAAUUCCGAUUUGAAGAAGCGAGAUGCUGAAGAGACUGAAGCUUCGAGCACAACCGUCUCACCUCCGGAGAAGAAGAAGAAGCUCGAUGAUUCAUCAGCGGAAUCUCAUGCCGUCGUCGUCGUCGUCCCCGUGAUUCCACCUUCUCCCGUAGCUUCAUCGGCGGAUUCAGCUCAAGGUGGACGCUCUGUUACCUCCGCCGGAGAAGACGAUGGCCAGAGCUCGAGCAUCUGCUCCGACUCUGUUAGCAGCAAAUCGAACGAAAUCGCGGCGACGAAAAGUCCGACGUCUGUUGUAGAUCUGGAGGCUCAUCAAAUCUCCGAAACCGAAAGUUCAACAGUCACCGCCAGAAAAUUCAGUAAAGAGGGAAAUCCAGAGAGCGAGGCUUUGGGAGAAAUAACCGACAUGGAACCAUCGCCAGUGACAAAGAAGGAUGGAGGACAGGAAGUGAGAAAGAAACCAACGGCGGAGGAGAUCGAGGAGUUUUUCUCAGAGCUAGGGGAUGACGACGAGAAGCAGAAGCGAUUCACAGAGAAGUACAACUUCGAUAUCGUCAAUGACAAACCGCUCGAAGGUCGGUACAAGUGGGAUCGAGUUGAGCCGUAA